UGUGAUUUGCUGAACUUCCCACUGUUUCAUUCUGUGUCCCUGACAGGCAACUCAACUCAGGGACAGUUUGUGGGAUUAGCCUGCUUCUCUCGCCAUUGGUUUAGGACUCUUGUGACGUUGGCCUUUGGAGGAGGGGGGAGGCUCCAGAUGGCAGCUGUUGUGCUCUGUGAGGAGAGUCAGAGGCUUCUGUCAGCUCCAGGAUACAACUGCAGAAAAAUAACAGAAAUAAGAUGGAAAGAUCACCAGAGUGGAUCCUUCUUCUCUUCCUGUUCAGCCUUGGCCACGGCUUCCCACCAUGGGAGGACAGGAAUGCUCUGAUAGAAAAGGAGAACAGUCGCCGGGUUGGAGGCAGCAUCAUCUUGGGAGAGAGAGAAACAGAAGCCAACAGAAAUCUGAUGAAGAUUAAAGCGAAUGAAAUGAGUCAGGCGGAUGCCACAGGGGUCUUUCCUCCCAGCAUGCAUUUUUUCAAGGCCCGUAGCCUUAUUCAGCAGAGCAAAGUAUUUAGGAUUCUAAGAAAGAUGCCAAAAGGGGGCGCACUUCAUUUGCACGAUUUUGCAGUUGUAAGUGUUGAUUGGUUGGUGAAAAAUGCAACAUACAUACCGGACUGUUACAUUUGUUUUACCGACAACGCAGGAGUGAGAUUCAUCUUCUCCAAAGAGUCUCCAGCGGGUCAGCUGCUACCGGGCUGUUCGAAUUGGCUGCUGCUGGAGACAUAUAGGAAAACCGUGGCAGAUGUCACUGAGUUUGAUAACAGCCUGAUCAGGAACCUGACUCUGCUAACCGACACCCCGGAACUAGAUUACCCCACCCAAGAUGUGGUCUGGCGCAGGUUUGAGGGUGCUUUCAUUACCGCAGGUGGCCUAAUUUCCUAUGCUCCAGUCUUCAAAGCUUAUAUCUACGAAAGUCUGCAGGAGCUCUACGACGAUGGCAUCCAGUACCUUGAACUGAGAGCCAUGCUACUACCGGUAUAUGAGCUGGACGGUACAACUCAUGACAGCUUCUGGCUAGUGGACACCUACAGGAAUGUGGCCAGGCAGUUCAUUAAUGCUCACCCGGACUUCAUUGGGCUUAAGAUCAUUUAUACAGUUCACAGACACGAGGAUGUUUCUAAAGUGAAGGAUGCCAUUCACACUGCGAUUCAGCUGAUAUCUGAGUUCCCUGACACUGUUGCUGGCUUUGAUUUGGUUGGCCAAGAAGAUGCAGGCCAUUCACUCUAUCAACUUCGAGAUGCUCUCAACAUCCCCAGCCAGACAGGUUUUACCCUGCCUUACUUUUUUCACGCCGGAGAGACUAGCUGGCUAGGCAUGGAUGUGGACCAGAAUGUCCUGGAUGCCCUGCUGCUGAACACAUCGAGAAUUGGCCAUGGGUAUGCCCUCCUAAAACAUCCAGUGGCCCGAGAGAUGUCACUAAAGAUGAAUGUCCCCCUUGAAAUCUGUCCCAUCUCCAACCAGGUCCUUCUCUUGGUGUCUGACCUUCGCAACCACCCAGCAGCUGCCCUCCUGGCUGAUGGCCACCCACUGGUCAUAAGCUCUGAUGACCCAUCUGUCUUUGGAUCCCAAGGAUUGUCAUAUGACUUCUACGAGGUGUUCAUGGGGUUUGGAGGGAUGGAGGCUGAUCUGAAGACACUCAAACAACUGGCACUGAACUCAAUCACCUACAGCUCAUUGUCCGCGGAAGGGAAGGAUAAGCUCAUGGAAAUGUGGCAGAAGAACUGGGACAAGUUCAUUGAAGAUUUAGCCAGUGAAACCUGGGGCAACAGCCAGUAGGAGGUGAAGGCUUACAAUUGAUCGGAGACCCAUUAUUUGACAUCCCGUAAAGCUGCUGGAAUACAGAGUGCUUUCAUUUCUUCCCUUAAGGAAACCACUUAACACAACACCGGACCAAAAAAGGGCUCAUUAACAGGAGGGGAGUGUGUGUUAAUGGAGACAACUGUGAGCGAUAGAAGUUGGGACAGAAGAAUUCUGGGAUAUCAGACAACACAGAGAAGGAAAUGGUGGAGGGAGUGCAGACUUAGUAUGUUUUCAAUACUGUUUUAGGUUUCAUAAUUAUCACUCCUGAAUGGUGCACAAUGAGGUAAGGAGUGCCGUAAUUUUUUUCAGUCUCUGCUGUUUUAUAGACUGGCAUUAAAGCGGAGGUUCACCCAAAUAACAUCUAUAUAAGACCAAAUUCUUUAUACUUCUAACAU